AUAAAACUUUUUUUCCCUUUUUUUUUCUCCCCUAAAUUUAGGUCAAUUCUCCUUCUUGAAUUCCCUGUUGUUUCUUUCUUCUUCCCUUUAAAUUUCCCAGAAAAAUCUUCAUCCUUUGAUUCAGCUUUUUUUAUUAUAUUUUCUUGAAUUUUGGCUCUAAUUUCUCAAUUUUCUGUUGAAAAAUUGCAUAUUUAAGGAGAUUUAGCACAUGGGUCUUCAAAAAUUUCUACUUUUUUUGCUCAGAUUAUUGGUUUGAUUGAUUCUUGCUGAGGUUUGAGCAGCUCGGGUUGUUUGAGAAUUUUCAUUUUCUUCCUAGCUGAAAAUUUUUGGUAGCGAAAUGGCAGCUGGUCCAAUUGAGUCAACAGUGGUUGUGGUGGUGGAGGAGUCGUCUCGUCGUUUUGGAGAUCUGAGAGGUGUCCAGUGGCGUAUUGAUUUGGGGAUUUUGCCUUCUUCUCCAUCUUCAACCAUUGAUGAUCUUCGUCGUGUUACCGCUAACUCACGUAGAAGGUAUGCUUCUUUGAGAAGACACCUUCUUAUUGAUCCACAUGUGCCUAAAGAUGGAAGUAAUUCUCCUGAUCCUGUCAUAGACAAUCCACUGUCGCAAAACCCUGAUAGCAUGUGGGGUCGCUUCUUCAGGAAUGCUGAACUGGAGAAGAUGGUUGACCAGGAUCUUUCGCGUUUAUAUCCUGAGCACGGUAGCUAUUUCCAGACUGCUGGAUGCCAAGCCAUGUUGAGGAGGAUUCUGCUACUUUGGUGCCUUAGACAUCCAGAGUAUGGUUACAGACAAGGAAUGCAUGAACUAUUGGCCCCACUUCUUUAUGUUCUUCAAGCUGAUAUGGAGCAUCUUUCUGAAGUGAGGAAUCUGCACGAGGAUCAUUUUGCUGACAAAUUUGAUGGAUUCUCAUUUCAUCAAAAUGAUUUGACAUAUAAGUUUGAUUUUAAAAAGUUUUCGGAAUCUACGGAAGAUGACAUUGGAUCUGAGAAGAGUCCAGGGAGAAUUACUAGUUUAACUGAACUUGAUCCAAAGGUUCAAGCAGUUAUUUUAUUUAGUGAUGCAUAUGGUGCUGAAGGUGAGCUUGGUAUUCUUCUAUCUGAGAAGUUCAUGGAGCACGACGCUUAUUGUAUGUUUGACGCUCUGAUGAGUGGAGCUGGUGGUGCUGUUUCUAUGGCACAAUUUUUCUCUCCUGCACCAUAUGGUACUUCACAUACUGGAUAUCCCCCUGUUAUUGAAGCCUCGGCAGCAUUAUACCAUUUGCUUUCACUGGUUGAUUCCUCCCUCCACAGUCAUCUUGUUGAGCUAGGAGUUGAACCGCAGUAUUUCGCACUUCGCUGGUUACGAGUACUAUUUGGACGUGAAUUUGCACUCGAAGACUUAUUGAUAAUCUGGGAUGAAAUAUUUGCGUGCGAUAACAAGAAGUUGGGAAAACCUUGUGAAAAUGAUGGUGACUCCAGCUCUGGAGUCUUAAAUUCAUCCAGGGGAGCAUUUAUAUCAGCUUUUGCUGUUACUAUGAUACUUCAUUUGAGGUCUUCGUUGCUUGCGACGGAGAAUGCUACUAAGUGCCUCCAGAGAUUGCUAAAUUUUCCAGAAGAUAUAAAUCUGGGAAAACUGAUAGCCAAGGCAAAAUCAUUGCAGGCUCUGGCAGUGGAUGCCAACAGUUCAGCCCCAGUAAUUGAUUAUACUGGAGACUAUGGUAGAAGUCAGUCAACGGUUAUAAGAGGUCACAGCCAUUCAGUUGAUUUAGGUUCCCCAAGAACUCCACUUGGCUCCUUAGUACCUGAAAGCUACUGGGAAGAAAAGUGGAGAGUUUUACACAAGGAAGAAGAGAGCAAGAAAAAUAGUGCUGAGAAACAAGUUCCAACCCGAAGAAAAGGUUGGUCUGAGAAAGUGAAAAUGCGUCUUACCAGAACUGAGUCUGAUCCAACCCCAUCUGCAGUUGAUAAUGGAAGAAAAGUUUCCAAAUCAUCAGUGAGGAGAAGUUUGUUGAAAGAUCUUGCUCAGCAGCUUGGCGCCGAUGAAGACGCAGAAAAGCUCAUUGAUGAUGAAAUUAAGGAGCAAGAAGUUCCAGUUGACAUUGUCGGGCAAGAAGAUAAUGAUGGAAAUUUUACUUGCACAUCUGAACAGUCGGACUCCACUGGAAGUGCCGCUAGUGAACAGAAUUCUUCUAUCUUCUCAGAUCCCCAAAGUCCUAUUAGUGAUGCAAAUGAUCAUGGAAAUAGAUCUGAAAGAAGUAGUGUUGCAUCAAAUUUCUCUGCCGAUGAAAAUGAUGCUGAUGGCUAUAGUGCUGAGGUAUCUUGUACUAAUCUGGAAGUUCCACCUCUCCCUAGUUCUGAUCCCCCUCAGGAGACCUCGGUAAAAUCUGAACAAAGUGUUGACUCUGGGGGAAAAGGUCCAGCUGGCUUGAAGGAGCGGAAACUUCUAUCUGGUAAAUUUCAGUGGUUAUGGAAAUUUGGACGAAAUGGUGGGGAAGGGACAUCCGAAAAAGGGGUCUGUGAUUCCACAAAGGCUGACAAUUGUGGGAAUAAUCCCGAUGAUCCUGCUGUAUUGUCCACCGCUGAUACAUCUAAUAACAGUGGAAUUAGCAAAGGAGAAUCUGUAGACCAGAAUUUAAUGGUUAGUCUGAGAAAUCUCGGACAGUCUAUGCUUGAGAACAUCCAGGUGAUUGAAUCAGUCUUUCAGCAAGAUCGUGGUCAAGUUGGAACCUUAGAAAACCUUUCGAAAAAUGUUCUAGCUGGUAAAGGACAAGUAACAGCCAUGGCAGCUCUCAAAGAGCUUCGGAAAAUCAGUAACAUCCUCUCGGAGAUGUAAGGAGACAUAGAGUUCGUUAAGUAUGUACAUAGGUCUAGUAAUUUAAAAUGUUUCAAUUGCAGAAUAAUCAAAGUCUUAUUCGGCUUCUCAUAUCUCAACUGUGAGCGAUUCAAAAUUUUGAUAUGUAUCCAGGAUCUUAUAUGUAAAUACAAAAUCACCUUCAUGUA